UCGUGCGAAUGUGCUAAUUUUUAUUAAUUUUUUACUGUUUAUAAUAAAUUCUGAAAUAAAAUGUCUCUAAGAACUAUAUUGUCUUCGAAAAUUUUACAAACAGUUCGUAAUGUUGCCCAAAAUCAACGUCUCGCUGCACUGCAUACCAGCGCAAUUUUGAAUAAAGCUGAAGACCGCAAGGAGAUGUUAGCUUCAAUGCCAGCAAAAGACGAAGGCACAGCCGGCGAAAAGUCCAUUGACAUUGAUACUUUAUUGGGAAAAAAGGAAAAAUUUUUCCCUGAUGCCGGUACAUCAACACAACUGUUUAAUGGUUUGCCAUUCAAUGAACUUCCUGUGGCUCAUGUGCGGGUAUCACCCAACAACACCAUUAUAUCAUUUACUGAUAGCAAAGGUGUUCCUCGUCUGAUCCGAUCCUGUGGUAUUGAAGGUUUUAAAAAUACUCGAAAAGGUACUAAUAUCGCUGCUCAGGCUACUGCGAUUAGUGUAGGAAGUAAAGCUGUUGAAUUGGGCUGGAAGACUAUUCGAGUUAAAGUUCGUGGAUUGGGACCCGGAAGAAUGUCUGCCAUUAAGGGAUUACAAAUGAGCGGUUUAAACAUUAUAUCAAUAACUGAUAAUACCCCUGUAUCAUGGAAUCCACCACGACCACGUAAACAAAGAAGUUUGUAAGCAAUUAUUAUUAUAUACAGCUACAAGUUUAAUGCGUAAUAAUAAUUAUUAAAAAAAUACAAAUAAUUUUAUAAAAUAAAAUAACUAAUAUAUACAAAAGAAAAUACAUACAAACGUGUUAAUAUUCCAAAGUAAA